GAACCACACUUGUCCGCAAAGACGUCCGUUUGCCCAUAAUCAUGGUGAAGAACGCUCGGGAUGGCAUUACUGACGAAUUUCUAACCAUUGGCCGUGAUGCUCUUAAUCGAACAUGGGAAUGCCACGGUUUAUCGGAGUUUAUGGAGCUUUCGCUCCGUGGAUGCGCCCGCUGAGCAGACCCGCAUUCUUCUAGCAGCGGCGAACGACCACUGCCCGGUCGUCAGUCCGAGUGUGCACGAAAAGGUCACAGCGAUGCAUGCGCGCUGGGUUCGAACGUUGAACUAUCCGGAACAGUGGACCGGAAUUCGGGUUUUUCUACAACUGUUCAAUUCUUUUCAUCUUGAUGACACUUCACAGCGAUGGAAUCAGAUGGAUCUUCGCAAACUGGACAUUGCUGUUUUGACCCGUAUUACCUUCGCAGCACUGGAUGGCUGCUUUGAGGACUGA